AUGCAGCUGGAACUUCAGCUGCAGUUGGGGAGACGCCUUGACGAGCGCGACGCGGCCUUCAUGCAGCGCCUGCGGAACUUGGCGCACGAGGCGCUGACGUGGCCACAUCUAGGAGAGAAGCAGCGGCUGGUGUGGGCUGCCUCGCUGGAGCUGAAAGCCGUGCCCUUUCAGGAGCUGCCUCCGUGGUUCUGGGAGCGCCAGAACAGCACACGUCGAUUGCGAGGCCUGGACUUGCUGAGUUUGGACGGUUCGCAUGCCGCUGGCUGCUGGAACGCAUCCGUUUCCUUCAAGGAGGUGAGGCGUUUUCUGCGCAUGGCACGCUGGGUCUACAAGGCUCCAAGAUGCACAGUGGUGACCAGCAGUCGCCGGUUGCCCAAGAAGGUGAAAGCCCGGCUGCAGAACUCCGACGCUGAGCAUCGGGUCAUCACAAACUGUACCAUGAAGUUGAGUGCUGCAGCUCCUUCUGCCGUUGCUGAAAAUGGCAUGCAGCCACCCUUGAGGCAAUGCCAGCGCGACUGCCUGGCUGCGUGCGCCAAAGGAGCACGAAUCAUCGAGAUGGCUUGUGGCACUGGGAAGACGAGGGUGAUCCAGGUUUUGGUCGCGGUGCCUCUACGAGCCUUGCUGGACCAGUUCGCUUCGGACUUCCGCGGCUUCUGCAAAGUGGGCAUGGGCCACAACAAGAAGAUCGACUUCAAUGCCAAAGGUUUCAUUGCUGUGACGGAUUCGGUCCACUUGCUGAAGAAGUUGAAAUUUGAUUCCACUUUUGUGGAUGAGGCGCAUCAUCCGUUGCCGCCUCAAAUGCCGCAGUCAGCAGAGCUGUAUCGAUUUUCCGCGACCCACAAGGAUGAACCGGACUUCCGAUACACCAUGGGACAGGCGAUUGAAGAUGGGAUCCUGUGUGAUUACGACAUCACUGUGCCCGCCUUGACUGCUCACCAUGCAUACGUUUGUUUGGCAGAUCUGCUGCUGAAGCAGGCUGGACGAUUCAGGCGAGUGCUGGCCUACUGCAAUUCUGUUGCUGAAGCGAAACGUUUUCGCAUGGUGUUGAGGGAGCUGGGGCUGGCAGCAUGGCAUAUCAAUGCCAGGACACCUUUAAAGAAGCGAGCAGCGGUGAUUGAAGAGUUUGCCGGGUCCUUGCAAAAACCGGUUCACGUGCUUGUGACGGUUGAAGUUUUGGGAGAAGGGAUCAACAUUCCCAAUGCGGACACCUGCAUGUUUGUGGAACCCCGAAAUAGCUACAGGAGCAUCAUUCAAGCCAUCGGGCGGGUGUUGCGCCACCACCCGGCCAAGACCCUGGCACACAUUGUCCUGCCAGCUGUGGCAAUCCCAAGCUCAAGAUCUGCGUCCAUACCACAGACAGGUUCCAGGAACAAAGAGAUCAAAGGUGAGGAGCAACCAAAUGCGAGGGAGGCCAAGACUCUUCAAAUCCCCAACCCUCAAAUGCACAGCCCAAAUCUGCAGGAAAACGGCGGUGAGCUGCCACCUGCAACUAUACAGGUUGAACCACGCCGGCAGAUCCGGCAGGCAAGAGCCCCACAAACAUCUGGUAUUGGUGAAGAUGAGAUGGCUUCCACCCCUAAGUCACCUGCUGCCAUCAGCAUCGCUGCCACGCCUGCUGCAGUGACCAGGAGGAAGGCAACUGGAGUUCAUCCAGCCGCUCCCGCAAAUGGUCAGCGAAGACAUGAAGUAUGCAGUGAACCAGACUGGGAAUUUGAAGCAAAGGGGCUGGAGCGAAAGCCUCGUCGCUGCGGCAACGAACCUGAGCGGCAAGUCGGCCCAACAGCUCUAGUUGAUCGUCAGCAGCACAGUAAGCAGCAAGAAGAGUUGCACAAGACUGGUGGAUCUAUAGGACGCUUGCAUGGGCACCAGUCGAUCCAGACACUUGAAAAACAACUUCAAGAUCAAUACUUGGAACGAUCCAAAGCCAGCACUUCUGAUCCAACUUUGCCUGACAGGCCUGCCACAGUCAAAUGUUUGUUGAGUUUUGAUCAAGAACGAACACUUGUGAGGAAAGGGGAUGCGGUUCUUUCGAGGUCCCACCAACGAUUCAAAUUGAAAGCGCCCGGCAGAUCUCCCAUGUUCAAUCAGCAGUUCAGUAGCCAACUGGAACGCUUUCUGGCCACGCUGAUGAUCGCAGAUUAUCGCCUGGUUGGUGCAGCCGCAGGGCACAGGAUCCAGGUAGCAGACUGCACUUUGGCAGAUGCUGGUGCAGGGAUGAUGGAAGGAUGGACGGCGGAGAUUCACAGUCGGCUCUCUGCGAUUCUAUCUUGGGAGGACCACUGGGAGACUCGCCUGAAGGAAGUGGAGAUGUUUGCCAACAAGCAUGGCAGGCUCCCACUGCGCAAGUGCGAUUCUCACUACGAAAACGCAUUGGGGAGAUGGCUCGACAACCAGGGCAGCGCCUUUAGACAGCAAAGAUUGCCAUUGCACAGGCUUCAGCAACUGCUAUCGGCAUCCUCCAUUCUUAUCCGUCGCCGCACUGCAGGGUGGCAGACGGGUGACCCUGAUGGGCGUUUCAGGACAAGAUGCCAGGAGCUCAGAGCAUACGUGCAGCUACACAAAAGAUUGCCAAAAAGGACGUGUCAUCAGAUCACAUCCUUGUCCGGGAAGCUGGCACAAUGGUUGGAAAAUGUAAAGGGAGGGGCGAUUACAUUAAGUCCAAGCAAGCAAGAGAUGCUACAAGAAACCCAUCCAUCGGUCAAAGCCGCGCUCCAGAAGUGGAAGGACGGUCCCAGAAUCCAUCGGUCUCGAUGGGAGCAGAAGUUCAAUGAGUUGUCCAUGUUUGUGACGGCAGUGGGGCACCUCCCAAAACGUCGCGGAGAAGGGGCCGUUGAAAGAAGCUGCUACCAGUGGCUUCGUGUUCAGUGUAGGCUGCCAGUUGGAAGUGGAGACACGAGUCGGAUGCCGGAGCCUGAGCAACGCGGAGAAGUGGAGAUGGCUGCCUGGAUGGGGCAGAUGCAGCUGAGACAGCUGGGAGCUUGGACGAUGGGCGUGGGAGCCACGCCAAAGCAUGUGGCCGGAACUUCAGCUGCACUUGGGAAGAAACAUGAUGCACUCGCGCCGUUGAUGGUCUCAGUAGUGAAGAGGGCAUUCUAUGGGGUGGAGGACCUGGUCUGGGAUGCCUUCAUCAGAGCUGCUGGCGAUCCGGGGGGCGACUACCGGUUGUUGGCAGCUUUGCCUCCAGCCGCCCUCGCGGCCACGCGGAAGCUACACGUGGAGGCGGGAUUGGACCUCAGGCUGUGGGUGGACCCGGACCCUUGGGCAGACGCCCCAACAGCGACACAACCGACCAUGGAGCCCGCGGACACGUCGAAGGCAACGGUGGAGCGGAAGAUGAAAUUUUCAGCAGUGCUGGACCAGGGGGACGAGUCAGAGUUUGUCAUCUCCUCGGAGGAGCAGAAGCAGCGCUGGCUCGAGAACUUUGUACGCCAGACUGGUGGACUCCCUCUGGAACAGGAAGAACCUUCCACCGAGCAGAUAUUUGCUUUGCUGAGGAGGGUGAAUUCAGGUGGAGCCCCCUACGCAGACUUCUCGGUGUGGUUGCCCUACGGCAAGAAGGCCCACAGGACACAGAAGUACCGGUCAUACAUACCGGUGAUGGGCGGCUACAUCACGAAGGAGAUCCCUGGCCCUGGGUCAUUCGACCAGUGGAGAGCCAGCUUCAGGGCCUACAGGACGGCAAUGCUCAUGCUCGACAUCCUGACGAUGGCGACGUGCGUGGCGUACGAGGCCCAUGUGGAGAAGCUGGAUCGACUUUACCCAGGGGCCUGGCACCUCAUCGUAGCGGCGGACGACCUUGGGAGAUCGGAGCACCUGGUAAGACUGAGGGUUUCAGUAAACCUGGACAUCGCCAACGGCACGAAGGAACCGAUGGGAUGGGCAGUAGAAAACCCUUGGGAGUGCCUGUUCAGGAUGCUCGUGAAGGACAGCUCGUUCUGGGCAGAGCAGGUUCAUGUGCCGGCGAAUGCAUGGCUGGCGCAUGGAUCCAAAGGGAAGCCGCUGACACCGGCGGAAGCGGUUGCUGCAGCCUCAAUUCAAGGGGGCAUCAAUGCAAUCAAGCCGGACACGGAAUCUACGGCGGGGACACCAUCUUCGGCACGAAGGACAAGGAAUGUCAGAAGGAGAGAAGCCAAACGAAAGCAAGCAGAAGCCGAGGGCCCAACAGAAGCCAAGAAGAACAAGGGCGACAGCAAGGGCAAAGGAAAAGGGAAAGAAAAGCCGCAGGCGUGCUAUGCCUGGAACAACAACAAUGGGGCCUGUGCUGGCUUACCACCAGGUGCCGCCUGCCAAGGUUCAAACUCUGACCGUCGGGAAGGAGUAAGGCGAGACAGUCGCAGCGGAGAGAAAGACAAUGCCGACGAAAGGAGGUCGAGAUCCAGGAGGCGCCGAAGGCAACACAACGAAGACAAGGCCGAGUUCAACGGAAAGCUCAUGACGUUGGACGUCUACCUGAUGAAACGCAGAUUCUUCUUCUUGCACCUUUACUCAGGUCCCCACGACCCCUUGGGCACUACGUUGGAGAGCCUUGCAAAGAGGUACAAGAUGAAGGUCACGGUGGAAAGCUAUGACCGUGAAAAUGGAGGAGCCGAUCUACUGGCAGAUCAACCCUAUGCAAAGCUCCUCCAACAAGCCCGUGAGGGUAGGCCUGACGACGUCAUCAAGCCCGCAGUGACGGUGGAAAACCCGCCGCCAUCAGACCACGACCAACAUUGCUCUGCAUGGGAACUUCCGGAAGUACACAGCGCGGUGGAGAAGCUGGACUGGACGAAGGUCGCCUUCACCUCUUGUCAUUUCCAACAGAGGGUGGAGCUGGGCAAGAGGACCUUCAAACCCCAGAUGUUCGCGGGGAGCUUGCUGGGCAUCAGAUCCUUAGCCGGAACCUGCCCCUGUGGGAAAGCCGAUCACAUUCCAGUGGUGGGCAAAGCCAGGUCAGUGGAAUCAGGCCAUUACUCCGACGAGCUGUGUGAGGCCUACGCCGAACUGGUCAUCCAUCACUUCAGGAGACUGGCCACGGCCGAGUUCUACGCCAAGAGGGAAGCAGACUUGAAGAAGGAGGUGGAAGAACUACGCCGCAAGAGCACCAAGCGGGAGAGGUCCCGAUCUUCGGCAGAGGACACCAAGAGGCCUAGGGACAAGACCGAAGAGGAGGAGGCAGAGCAGGCAAAAGCCGAAAGCACAGCCACCUCCAAAUCAAAGGCAAGACCCAAGGAGGAGGACGAAUACACCUAUGAAUACGAGACGGAAGAUGACGAGGAGACGAAGGUUCCGGUGAAGACGGAAAAGGACGACCCCAAGGAGUCAAAAGCAUGGAUUGGAGGGAGUGGCAACUACGGCAUGCUGAGGGAGUCGAAGGCAAAGGGUAACAACCCAUCCAACCUCAACUACUUGGGCGGCAUGAGGAACCCCACGGAAACAGUGGCAGGAAUGCCAGGCUCCCUCAACUUGGGGCUUAGAGUCUUCGCAGCGUGGGAGAGGGCUCGUCUGCCACGCGACAGCCUUGGCUUGGGCCUGUCUGAGAUGCUGCAGACGCAGGCAAACUUGCCCUUUCGACCCCUGCACGAGGGUCAACGCCGGGAGGGUAUGGGCAUGGGAAGCAAUGCAUCCGGGGUCGUGGUGCUCAAGGCGACGAAGGUUCCUGCAAACGCCAUGGGGGACGACGUCCAGAAGGAAGGCGCGUCAGAACGAGGCAUCUUUGGCACCACUCCUGCACUGAGCAGGGUCUUGAAGAUAGCGUCCGAGACAUGCAAAUCGGUGUACAACAUGUGGAGCCCCAAGAAAGAGCCCAAGGAGGACAAGACGGAGAGGAUAGCAGUCCCAAAACUGAGUCUGGACGGCAAGCCAGCCUCACAGAACUCCCGCAAGAGGAAGGCGGUAAACGUCUUGGAGUUGGCCAGAAGGGCGAGCAGGAGCAAAACAGCUGUUGCAGAGCUGGAAGAGGGCUUCAACUCGAAAACGUCCUUGGCCACCAAGAAGGCAAUGAGGGCGACUAUAGGAAAGAUCCUCAAGGAAGCGAGGGGCGAGCCACCUGGGCCCCCCACUACGGAAAAGUUGAAGGUGCUGGCGGGGGUGCUCAAACAAGCCAGCUACCGAGCAGCGCCGCAGUACCUGGGAGAGUUCAAGAUCAUGGCGAUUGAGGAUGGCCACCGCUGGACCGACCAACUCGAAAGGACUUUGAAGCUUUGCAAGAGGUCCACAACAAGAGCCCUGGGACCCAAGAAGAAGGCCAAGGAAGUACCAGUGCAAGAGACGGGCAAAACCUUUGUCCCGACAGUGACAAAGAAGAAACCCAAGACGGUCCCACUGGCCAGGGAGUUGUUCGAGUUUGGGGUGAUCUGGAUGCUCCGCGAGAUUGAACUAGCCCUGCUGACGAAGGACCACUUGAAGGUGGACGUGGAAAGCCGGAGCGUAGUCCUCACCAUACCGGUGUCGAAAACAGAUCAGACAGGACUGACAAUGACCAGGAUGCUGCAGUGUCUAUGUGAGGGCAAGGAUUGCUCCACAGGUUGCCCCCUGCGUGUGUCAGCCUUGCUCGUCUUCGGCAUGGAGGACCUAGGAACGCACCACGCCGCCGUGACCAACAAGGGCAUGAAGGCAAAGAAGUCCCAAGUCGUCAAGGAGUGGCAGAAGCUGUAUGGCAGCGGCACAUCGGGGCAUUCCACCAGGAGAACGGGGGCUCUGCGGUACAUCCGACAUGGGUGGGCCAUCCCUCAGGUGGCCUAUCUUGGGCGUUGGAAGUCCGACGUAAUCUAUGAAUACGCGGCCGAAGCUUUGGAGAGCCUGCCGGUCAACGCCAACAGAGCCUUCAUCACGAACCUCUACGGCACGAAGGAGCACAAUGAGAUGGGGCCCAUCAACUAUAAGCCCAGAGAUGUGGAGGAAGUCAGAGAUUACCUCCUCUCGGAAUUGUCUCUGGCGCAGGAGCACCAACAUCGUGCUCUGAAAGCCAUGGACUUUGAAAUCGAGUCCAUGAAGAAAAGGGCCGACAAGAACAACGGAAGACUCCCCCCCUUCGUCAGGUUGCUCGACAGCAAGAUCGUGCACCAUCUGGAACAUGACCGCCUGCACCCCACCGUUGGCCUGGAAGACGAUGUGCGGCUGGCACUACCACAAGUCGGACUACAUGUUCCUAGCGUCGGAGGCCUUGACGACCGAGACAAGGCCUUCAUGCAGCGCUUGCAGAACUUGGCGCACGAAGCGUUGAGCUGGCCACAUCUGGGGGAGAGGCAACGGCUGGUGUGGGCUGCCGCGCUGGAGCUGAAUGCCGUGCCCAUGCAGGAGCUGUUAGGUGAGACGUUUCCUGCGCAUGGCACGGUGGGUCUACAAGGCCAGGGUGACCGGUGGCCAGUGAAGGGCUGUGAUUCCGAAAGCCCCAAAAUGCACCGUGGUGACCAGCAGCCGCUGGUUACCCGAGAAGGUCAGAGCGUGGCUGCGGAACUCCAAUGCCGAGCAUUGUCUCAUCACAAACCGUACGAUGAAGAGGAAGUGGUUUUUAUGAUCAAGGGAGUCCAUCAGCUACAACGGAUCAUCAGCAAGAACAGUAUCAAACGAUUUGUGGAUCUAUUGGAAGCGGGCAUAGGAUUCAAAUUGAAAGCCUUCACCCGAUCUUCUGAGAUCAAUCAGCAUUUCGGUAGCCAACUGGAACGCUUCUUGGCCACGCUGAUGAUGGCUGAUCAUCGCAUUGUCGGUGCAACCGCAGGGCACAGAAUCCAGGUAACAGACUGCACUUUGGUGGAUGCUGAUGCAAAGCUGAUGGAAGGGUGGACAACAGAGAUCUACAAUAAGCUCUCUGUGGUUCUAUGUGGGGAUGACCAUUGGGAGAUUCGCUUCAGAGAGUUGGAAGCCUUUGUCGACCAGCAUGGAAGGCUACCACGCCGCCACCAGCGCAACAAAUCUCACUAUGAGAGAGCAUUGGGCGCAUGGCUCAACAGCCAGUGCUGUGCCCUCCGAAAGCAAAGGUUGCCGUUGCACAGGUUCCAGAAACUGACGUCGGCAUCCUCACCUUUGAUUUGUCGCCGUGCUAAAGGAUGGGAGACAGGUGACAGUGAUGGGCUUUUCCAGGAGACAUGCAACCGGCUCAGAGAGUAUGUGCAGUUGCACUCGAGAAUGCCAGAGAUGACUGGUCAUGAGGUUGGAUCCUCAUCGUGGAACCUGGCAAAAUGGAUGGUAUACUUGCGGGCAGGGACCAUCAGAACAGGUCCCAAUAAGAUGAAGAUGCUGCAAGGGGUGCAUCCCUUGGUCAAAGCUGAGGUCCAGAAGUGGCAGAAUGCACCGCGACUCCGGCAGCCCCAAUGGGAGCGGAAGUUUGACCAGCUUUGCAGGUUUGUAUCGGCAACAGGGUGCCUCCCAAAAAGCCGUGGAAAAAAGGGACUUGAAAAAAGUAGCUACAACUGGCUUCAGAUUCAGUGCCGAAAGCUUCUAGCAGGAUACCUGCCCGAAGACAUGGCCCAGCGGCUUCGGAAUGCUCAUCCCCUGAUUGCCGCACAUGUGGAUGUUGCUCGAACUAUCGAGAUGGCCUGCGGCACUGGGAAGACCCGGGUGAUCGAGGGGUUCAUGGCUGUGACGGAUUCAGUCCACUUGCUGAAGAAGUUGAAAUUUGAUUCCAUUUUUGUGGAUGAAGCACACCACCUGUUUGCUGCCGAUCAGGGGCGUCAUCCAUUGCCGCCCAAAAUGCCAAGGUUCAGGCGAGUGCUUGCGUACUGCACUUUGGUUGCGGAAGCCACACUUUUUCGCAUUCGCUUUAUCGGCGAUUUGCAUGGUGAAAGGGUGCUGGCCAGAUGGCUUAACAGGAAAGGCCCAACACGGCGAAGACGCCAAGAGCUGCAUCCCUGGGUCAAAGCCGAGCGUCAGAAGUGGGAUGCAAGGAGGCUUCUAGCAGGAUACCUGCCGGAUGAGACGAUUCAGCGCUUCAGCAUGCUCAUCCAGCUGCCAGUGGGAGGUGGAGAGAUUAGCCGGAUGUCAGAGCCUCAGGGAACGUGCAGAGGUGGAGAUGGCUACGUGGACGCAGCUCAGAGCUUGGACAAUGGCCAUGAGAGCCGCGCCGAAGCACGCCUUGAUGAUCGUGACGCGGCCUUCAUGGAGCGCCUACGAAACUUGGCGCACGAGGCGCUGACGUGGCCACAUCUGGGGGAGAGGCAGCGGCUGGUCUGGGCGGCUGCGCUGGAGCUGCACGCCGUGCCCUUUCAGGAGCUGUUGGGCGAUUCGCAUGAUGGUAGGAGUUGCCUCCGUGGUUCUGGGAGCACCAGAACAGCACACGUCGACAUUCAGGAGGUGAGGCGUUUUCUGCGCAUGGCACGGUGGGUCUACAAGGCCAGGGAGAUUGCACUGAAGGGGCGUGCUCCACGAUGCACAGUGGUGACCAGCAGUCGCCGGUUGCCCAAGAAGGUGAAAGCCUGGCUGCAGAACUCCGAUGCUGAGCAUCGGGUCAUCACAAACCGUACCAUGAAGUUGAGUGCUGCAGCUCCUGCUGCGGUUGCUGAAAAUGAUGGCAUGCAGCCACCCUUGAGGCAAUGCCAGCGCGACUGCCUGGACGCAUGCGCCAAGGGUGCUCGAGUCAUCGAGAUGGCUUGCGGCACUGGGAAGACGAGGGUGAUCCAGGAGUUGGUGUCGAAUGUUUUGGUCACGGUGCCUCUACGAGCCUUGCUGGACCAGUUCGCUCCCGACUUCCCCAGCUUCUGCAAAGUGGGCAUGGGCCACAACAAGAAGAUCCAUUUCGAUGCCCAGGGGUUCCUAGCUGUGACGGAUUCGGUCCACUUGCUGAAGAAGUUGAAGUUUGAUUCAAUUUUUGUGGAUGAAGCACACCAUCCGUUGCCGUCUCAAAUGCCGCAGUCAGCGGAGCUGUAUCGACUUUCCGCCACUCACAAGGAUGAGCCGGAUUUCCGCUACACCAUGGGACAGGCAAUUGAAGAUGGGGUCCUGUGCGACUACGACAUCACUGUGCCUGCCUUGACUGCUCACCAUGCGUACGUAUGUUUGGCAGAUCUGCUGCUGAAGCAGGCUGGACGUUUCAGGCGUGUGCUAGCAUACUGCAAUUCAAUUGCUGAAGCGAAGCGCUUUCGGAUGGUGUUGAGGAGGCUUGGACUUGCAGCAUGGCAUAUCAAUGGCAAGACACCGUUGAAAAAGAGGCAAACUGCGAUUGCAGAGUUUGCAGGCGCCUUGCAGAAACCAGUUCAUGUGCUUGUCACCGUUGAAGUCUUGGGAGAAGGGAUCAACAUUCCCAAUGCGGACACCUGCAUGUUUGUAGAGCCACGCAGUAGCUACAGGAGCAUAAUUCAAGCCAUAGGACGGGUGCUGCGUCACCACCCUGCCAAGACUCUGGCACACAUCGUCCUGCCAGCUGUGGCAAUCCCAAGCUCAAGAUCUGCGUCCGUGUCGCCAUCAAGUUUCAGAAAUAAACGUGAGGAGCAAGUGAAUGCAAGGAAGGUUGACAGCCUCAAUUGUCAAGGAAGUGAGUUGCCAAGUCUGCAGGUCGAACAGCAGGCGAGAAACCCACACACAUUUGGUACGGCUGAAGAUGAGGCGGCUACUAGACGGAAGUCACCUGCUGCGAUCAACGUGGCUGCCCCUCCUGCAACCGCCAGGAGGCAGGGAGACACCUUUCGUUCAGCCAUUCAUUCAAACGGCCAGCAGGGUGAGAAAGUGCGCAGCGACCAGAAUUUUGCCAAGACUUUGGCACACAUUGUGCUACCAGCUGUGGCGAUCCCGAAUGCAAGACCAGUUUCCAUGUCACCGUCGGAUGGGGGAAAAAAAGCGAUCGAGGGUGAAGAGCAACCGAAUGCGAGGGAGGCCGGCAGCCUUCAAAUACUUAAAAUGCAAAGUCGGACUGCUCGGGAAAGUGACGAUGAGCUGCCACCUUCGCAGCACAUGCACGCGAGGCCUAAGUCACCAGCUGCCAUCAGCAUCGCAGGCACGCCUGCUGUGGUGAGAAGGAGGAAGGCAACCGGAGUUCAUCCAGCAACUCCCACAAAUGGUCGUCAGUGGAGAGAUGAUGUACGCAGCAACCCAGAUGGGGGUUUUGAAGGAGGGAAGCUGGAGCGAAAGCCUCGUCACUGCGGCAAGCAUGACGAACCUGAGCUGCAAGUCGGUCCAACAGCUCCUGUAGGUCGUCAGCAACACCGUGUGCAGCAAGAAGAGUUGCACAAAAUUGGUGGAUCUAUAGGACACUCGCCAGCCGAUCCAGCACUUCAAAAGGAACUUCAAUAUCAAUACUUGGAACGAUUCCAAGCCGACACUUCUGAUCCCACUGCGCGUGAGAGGCCUGCCAUAGUCAAAUGUUUGUCGAGUGGUAUUGAUCAAGAGCCAACGCUUGAUAAGAAAAGGGAUGCAGUUCUAUCAAGGCCACACCAGCGAUUCAAAUUGACAGCGCCCAGCAGCUCUCCUGUUUUCGAUCAGCAGUUCAGUAGCCAACUGGACCGCUUUCUGGCCACACUGAGGAUUGCAGAUCAUCGCCUGGUUGGUGCAACUGCAGGGCACAGAAUCCAGGUAGCAGACUGCACGUUGGAGGAUGCUGGCUUCAAGAUGAUCAAAAAAGCGUGGACGGCUGAGAUUUACCAUCGGCUCUCAGUGAUUCUAUCUGGGGAUGACCGCUGGGAGAUUCGCUUCAGAGAGUUGGACAUGUUUGUCAACAAGCACGUUAGGCUCCCACUGCGUAAGGGCGAUUCAAAGCUGGAAAGGAAAUUGGGCACAUGGCUCGACACCCAGGGCACCGCCUUUAGAAAGCAAAGACUGCCAUGGCACAGGUUCCAGAAACUGCUAUCGGCAUCCUCACUUCUUAUCCGUCGUCGCGCUGCAGGGUGGCAGACGGGUGACCCGGACAAGCGCUUUGAGGAGAGAUGUCAUCAGCUCGGAGAGUACUUGGAGCUGCACCACAAAUUUCCAGACUAUCAGGUCGGGUCCUCAUCCUGGACACUGGCAAGAUGGGUGGCUUGCGUUCGGGGAGGGCACGUUCGUCUAAGUCCCGACAAGAUGAAGAUGCUGCAAGAGGUACAUCCUUUGGUCAAGGCUGAGGUACAGAAGUGGCAGGAUGCCCCUCGACUCCUGUGGUCUCGAUGGGAGCAGAAGUUUGGUCAGCUCUCCGGGUUUGUGUUGGCAACAGGCCGCCUCCCAAAAAGGCUUGCGGAAAGCAAGGCUGAAAGACACUGCUACGACUGGCUUCGUGCUCAAUGCAGAAGGCUUGUCGCAGGAUACCUACCUGAUGAGAUGACCCGGCGGCUUCAGGUGUGCAGCCUACAUGGCAAGUGCUAUGACGGCUAUGAGGCGGCUGUGAGAAGCCCAGGGAUAAAAAGUGAGCUUGCCAAUGCGCAUGCCGCUUGCCGUAGGUCUGCUUUGCGGCUGUGGGCUGCUGAGUCGAGCGUUGACAUUUCCACCAAGAUUUGCUGGAAGGACGCAGCUCAGAGCUUGGACUGUGGCCACGAGAGCCACGCCGAAGCAUGCCUUGACGAGCGCGACGCCGCCUUCAUGCAGCGCCUGCGGAACUUGGCUCAGGAGGCGCUGACGUGGCCACAUCUGGGGGAGAGGCAGCGGCUGGUGUGGGCGGCUGCGCUGGAGCUGCACGCUGUGCCCUUCCAGGAGCUGUUGGAUCAGCUAUGGUGUCGUGAUGGAGGGAUGGAAGCUGUAGACAGCCAAGGCCUGGACUUGCUGACUUUGGAUGGUUCCCAUGCCGUUGGCUGCUGGAACGCAUCGGUUUCCUUCAAGGAGGUGAGGCGCUUCCUGCGCAUGGCACGGUGGGUCUACAAGGCCCCGAUUUGCACUGUGGUGACCAGCAGCAGCCGGUUGCCCGCGAAGGUCACAGCCUGGCUGCGGAACUCCAACGCCGUGCAUCGCGUCAUCACAAACCGGACGAUGAAGAGGCUGAGUGCCGGACUUUCUUCUCCAGCUGCUGAUGGAACUGGUGGCGUGCCGCUCUUGAGGCAAUGCCAGCGCGACUGCCUGGACGCAUGCGCCAAGGGUGCUCGAGUCAUCGAGAUGGCCUGUGGCACCGGGAAGACGAGGGUGAUCCAGGAGUUGGUGUCGAAUGUGUCUGGAAGAGUCUUGAUCACUGUCCCGUUGAUUGCUUUGCUGGACCAGUUUGCUCCCGACUUCCCCGGCUUCUGCAAAGUGGGCACAGGCCACAACAAGAAAAUCAACUUUGAUGCCAAAGGUUUCAUUGCUGUCACGGAUUCGGUCCACUUGCUGAAGAAGUUGAACUUCGAUGCCAUCUUUGUGGAUGAGGCGCAUCAUCCGUUGCCGUCCGGGAUGCCACGGUCGACCGAGUUGUAUCGGUUGUCGGCCACUCACAAGGAUGAACCGGAUUUCCAGUACACCAUGGGACAGGCGAUUGAAGACGGGGUCCUGUGCGAUUACGACAUCACUGUGCCUGCCCUGACGACGCACCAUGCAUACGUGUGUUUGGCAGAUUUGCUUCUGAAACAGGCUGGACGUUUCAGGCGAGUGCUUGCGUAUUGCAACUCAAUUGCUGAGGCCAAACGUUUUCUCAUGGUGUUGAGGGAGCUGGGACUGGCAGCAUGGCAUAUCAAUGGCAAGACACCUUUGAAAAAAAGGCAAACUGCGAUUGCAGAGUUUGCCGGGACCCUGCAAAAACCGGUUCACGUGCUUGUGACUGUGGAAGUUUUGGGAGAAGGGAUCAACAUUCCCAAUGCGGACACCUGCAUGUUUGUGGAGCCGCGAAAUAGCUACAAGAGCAUCAUUCAAGCCAUCGGGCGCGUGUUGCGCCACCACCCUGCCAAGACCCUUGCACAUAUCGUCCUGCCAGCUGUGGCGAUCCCGAGCUCUAGAUCAGCCUCCAUAUCAGAGGGAUGGCGUAGGAUAGUUGGAUUUUUGCGAAGUGAGUUGGAUGAACGGCCAAACAUCCAGAAGACCCAGACCAAGAUCAGCUCAAAGCGAUACCGAAAAUUCAAGUUAAAAGCGUCCUGGGGAUCUCCCGUGUUGGGUCAUCAUUUCAGCACCCAACUCGAACGCUUCCUGGCCACGCUGAUGAUGGCAGAUCAUCGCAUAGUGGGUUCAAAUGCAGCAUCCAGGAUCCAGAUAGCAGAUUGCACCUUGCCUGGAAGUGGCCCCAGCAACAUGCAAGGAUGGACAACUGUGGUUUACAGCCAGCUCUCACUGGUUCUGUCUUGCAGGGAUCAGUGGGAGAGACGCUUCAGAAGCUUGGAAGUGUUUAUCGACGAGCAUGGGAGGCUCCCACGGCGUUUGUCCGAAGAUAGUGUUGAAAAGACUCAGGCCUCCUGGCUCAACACCCAGGCAAUCGCUUUUAGAAAUCAGAUGUUGCCUUUGCAUAGGUUCCACAGACUGCUGUCGGCAUCGUCACCUUUGAUUCGCCGUCGUGCUGAAGGUUGGCAAACUGGCGACACCGAUGGACAUUUCAAGGAUAAAUGCGAUCUUCUCAGGGAGUACGUGCAGUUGCACCAAAAGUUACCGCAGAACACAGGUGAUGGGGUUGAACCCCCAUUCCGGAAACUGGCAAACUGGCUGACUCGAGUGCGAGGAGGGAACACGCUCUUAAAUCUUGAAAAGAUGAAGAUGCUGCAAGAGGUGCAUCCCUUGGUCAAAGCUGAGCUCCAGAAAUGGCAGGAUGCCCCACGACUCCAGCAGUCAAAGUGGGAGCGGAAUUUUGGUCAGCUCUCCGGGUUUGUGUUGGCAACAGGGCCACUAGUUGGAGGUGGAGAGACCAGCCGGAUGCCAGACGCAGCUCAGAGCUUAGACCAUGGGCAUGAGAGCCACACCGAAGCAUGCCUUGACGAGCGCGACACGGCCUUCAUGCAGCGCCUGCGGAACUUGGCCCAGGAGGGGCUGAUGUGGCCACAUCUGGGGGAGAGGCAGCGGCUGCUGUGGGCGGCUGCGCUGGAGCUGCACGCUGUGCCCUUCCAGGAGCUGUUGGAUCAGCUAUGGUGUCGUGAUGGAGGGAUGGAAGCUGUAGACAACCAAGGCCUGGACUUGCUGACUUUGGAUGGUUCCCAUGCUGUCUGCUGUUGGAACGCAUCGGUUUCCUUCAAGGAGGUGAGGCGCUUCCUGCGCAUGGCACGGUGGGUCUACAAGGCCCCGAUUUGCACUGUGGUGACCAGCAGCAGCCGGUUGCCCGCGAAGGUCACAGCCUGGCUGCGGAACUCCAACGCCGUGCAUCGCGUCAUCACAAACCGGACGAUGAAGAGGCUGAGUGCCGGACUUCCUUCUCCAGCUGCUGAUGGAACUGGUGGCGUCCCGCCCUUGAGACAAUGCCAGCGAGACUGCCUGGACGCAUGCGCCAAGGGUGCUCGAGUCCUGGAGAUGGCCUGUGGCACCGGGAAGACCCGGGUGAUCCAGGAGUUGGUGUCCAACGUCUUGAUCACGGUGCCGCUGCUUGCCCUUCUGGAUCAGUUAGGUGCUGAUUUCCCUGGCUUCUGCAAAGUGGGCACUGGCCACAACAAGAAGAUCGACUUUGAUGCCAAGGGGUUCCUAGCUGUCACGGAUUCGGUGCACUUGCUGAAGAAGUUGAAUUUUGACUCCAUUUUUGUGGAUGAGGCGCAUCAUCCGUUGCCGUUCAAAAUGCCAAGGUCGACCGAGUUGUACCGGUUGUCAGCCACUCACAAGGAUGAACCGGAUUUCCGAUACACCAUGGGACAGGCGAUUGAAGACGGGGUCUUGUGCGAUUACGACAUCACGGUGCCUGCCUUGACUGCUCACCAUGCAUACGUUUGUUUGGGAGAUUUGCUCUUGAAACAAGUUGGGAGGUUCAGGCGGGUGCUGGCCUAUUGCAAUUCGGUUGCUGAAGCGAAACGCUUCCGGAUGGUGUUGAGGGAGCUGGGACUGGCAGCAUGGCAUAUCAAUGGCAAGACGCUCUCCAAUAAACGACAAGCUGUCAUUGCAGACUUCGCAGGGCCCUUGCAAAAACCAGUUCACGUGCUGGUCACUGUUGAAGUUUUGGGAGAAGGGAUCAACAUUCCCAAUGCGGACACCUGCAUGUUUGUGGAGCCACGGAAUAGCUACAGGAGCAUCAUUCAAGCCAUCGGGCGGGUGCUGCGUUACCACCCUGCCAAGACUCUAGCGCACAUCGUCCUGCCAGCUGUGGCGAUCCCGAGCUCAAGGUUAGCGUCCGUGUCACCGUCAAGUUUCAGAAAAAAAUCGAAUGAAGGUGAGGAACAACUGAAUGCAAGGGAGGUUGACAGUUUCAAAUGUCAAGGAAGUGAGCUGCCAAGUUGGGAGGUCGAACAGCAGGUGAGAAACCCAGACACAUUUGGUACGGCUGAAGAUGAGGUGGUUUUCGAACCACAGUCAGCUGCCCCUCCUGCAACCACCAGGAGGCAGGGGGACGCAUUUCAUUCAGCCAUUCAUUCAAACGGCCAGCAGGGUGAGAAAGUGCGCAGCAACCACGGAAAAUUUGACAUAAACCGGCUGAAGCGAAAGUUAGGCAACAGCAACUACGCCAAACCUGAGACUCGAGUCAGUCCAUCAGCUAUGACAGAUCGUCAGCAAGACCGUGUGCAGCAAGAGCAUCGGCAAACGAAGUGUAGAUCUAUGAAAAAUGUGCACAGGCACCGGCUGACCCAGACACCUUAUGAAGAAGUUCAAGAUCAAUACUUGGAAAAACACAAGCCGGGCACGUGUGAUCCAACCGCACCUGGCAGGCCAGGAGUGUUUGAAAAAUUUGGAAGUGGUAUUUAUGACCAAGAGCCAACCAUGCAGACCCAGGCCACGGUGCCCACAAUUCGACACCAAGGAUUCAGAUUGAAAGCUUCCACCGGAUCUUCUGAGUUCGACCAGCAUUUCGGUAGCCAACUGGAGCGCUUCUUGGCCACGCUGAUGUGGGCAGAUCAUCGCAUUGUCGGUGCAACCGCAGGGCACAGGAUUCAGGUGGCAGACUGCACCCUCGCGGAUGCUGGUGCAAGCAUGAUCGAAGGGUGCACGACUGAGAUUUACAAUCGGCUCUUUGCGAUUCUAUCUUGGGAGGACCAUUGGGAGAUUCGCUUCAGAGAGUUGGAAGGGUUUGUCGACCAGCAUGGCAGGUUACCACUUCGCAAGUGCGAGUCUCACUCUGAAAGAGUAUUGGGCAGAUGGCUCCACAACCAGAACGUUGCUUUCAGAAAGCAAAAGCUACCAUUGCAUAGUUUUCAGAAACUUCUAUCGGCGUCCUCUCCUCUUAUCCGCCGCCGUGUUGAAGGGUGGCAGAUGGGUGCCGACGGGCUUUUCAUGCAGAGAUGCUAUGAGCUCGGAGAGUAUGUGCAGCUGCACCACAAGGUGCCAGACUUGGCAAAUCAUCGGGUUGGGUCCUCACCCUGGAACCUGGCAAAAUGGUUGGCGAAUUUGCGGGCAGGGAACAUCAGACUAAGCGCUGGCAGGAUGAAUAUGCUGCAAAAGGUGCAUCCCUUGGUCAAAGCAGAGCUACAGAAGUGGCAGAAUGCCCCGCGACUCCAGCAGUCUAAGUGGGAGUGGAAGUUUGGUCAGCUCUCCCGGUUCGUUUUGGCAACGGGGCGCCUCCCAAAAAGUGGGGGAAAAAGCAAGGCGGAAAGCGGUUGGUAUAGCUGGCUUCGUGCUCAGUGCCGGAAGAUCCUAGCAGGAUGCCUGCCAGCUGACAUGGUCCAGCAGCUUCGGAAUGCUCAUCCCGUGAUUGCUGCGUAUGUUGAUACAUCUGCUUAGAGACUGAAAAGAUGGCGCACAAUGCAACACGCGAAA